ACCUUUUUAAUAUGUCAUGGAAUAUAUCUACUGACAAACUGGAAGUCAAGUCUCGAAAAAUUUCUGGUAUUUUAAAAGAACUUUGACACAUUUCCUCUUAGAAGCGUUCCAAGGACAGUCCGUAAAGGACUGUCCUGCCUACAAUUAGAUUUAUGAUUAAAAACAAUGCAUUUUUUGAAAGUGAGAUUUGGUAAUAAAAAUAACAAUAAUUUAUCAGAAGAUAAAGACCCUAAAAUUGUUAAAGAAGUAAGACAUUUUCCACUAGUUCAAGAGUCGAAAAAUCUUCCUCUUCCUAAAAUGCAUUCCGCUCACUCUUCCGCCUCGUCCGGAGGUCUAAUGGUCGGGCCUAAUUUUAGAGUCGGCAAGAAGAUCGGCAACGGCAACUUUGGCGAGAUCAGGCUUGGCAAGAAUCUGUACAAUAACGAACACGUGGCCAUCAAGUUGGAGCCUCUCAAGACCAAAGCGCCCCAGUUACAGCUCGAGUACCGGUUUUACAAAAUGUUGGGACAGCAAGAAGGAGUACCCAAGGUUUACCAUUUAGGUACGUGCGGCGGCCGGUACAACGCCAUGGUGAUGGAACUGCUAGGUCCCAGUCUCGAGGACCUGUUCACUUUGUGCAGUCGGAAAUUCCGUUUGAAAACGGUCCUGAUGAUUGCAGAUCAGCUCUUGACCCGCAUCGAGUUCGUGCACUCGAAACGAUUGAUCUUCAGGGACAUUAAGCCGGAAAAUUUUUUAAUUGGCCGAUCCAAAUCGAAAAAAGAGAAAAUUGUGCAUAUCAUCGAUUUCGGCUUGGCCAAGGAAUAUAUCGAUCCCGAAUCUGGAAAGCACAUACCGUACAAGGAACAUAAAUCAUUAACUGGAACGGCAAGAUAUAUGAGCAUAAACACGCAUUUGGGAAGGGAGCAGUCUCGACGAGAUGACCUGGAAGCGUUGGGCCAUAUGUUUGUCUAUUUUCUAAGAGGGUCGUUGCCGUGGCAAGGUCUCAAGGCCGACACGCUGAAGAACUAG